AUGCCCCUUACUCCUGUACAAAUCAAAGAUAAGCUGACAAAUGCUCUCGACGAUGAUAAAAAUGUUAUUGAUGAGAAAGCAGUUGAAGAAGUCCUUACACUUCUGGAGGCCAGUACCAUCACGAAGGAAAUUUUGGAGCAAACACGUCUUGGGAGGGACAUUAACCAUGUGCGGAAAAUCUGCAGAAAUGCUGCUAUAGCAAAACGGGCAAGGAAUCUUGUGAAAGCAUGGAAGCAGUUGAUUCCUGUACCAGGAUCGCCUCAGGUCCUGAACGGUCAGCAUCCGGCACAGAGGAUAAGCCCCGGGCUGACACCAUCCUCCAGGGGUCUGCCGUCACCGGCUUUGGGGAUGAGGCAGCCACAGCUAAAGGCAGGUCCUUGCAGUCCUGCGAUACAGGGCAGGAUUGGCCAGUUAUCCCUGCCCACAUCAAAGCUAGCUCAAGAGACAAAGUCUAGGCCAGGUGAGGUGGUGCAGUCUCCAAAGAUUGGCCAGCUACAGAAAAGUGCCAGUACUGCUUUUGAGGACUCAAAUCUUAGCUGGCCGCGCACACCACCAUCUGUGGCUAGUGACAACAGUUCGGAUCGCCUAACUGGUGAUUCUAAAAUUCAGGAUUCUUCCCCUGCUGAUAGGAACUCUCAGACUAGCACAGGCAAGCGUAAUUUUAAUUUUGACUCUAGAUCAUCGAUUAGUUCCAUAGAGGCAACGUCAAAGGCAGUGAACAGGGCAUCUGAUCAAAGAGAUGUAUCAAAAACAAAUGUUGCUAACCGUAAGAGAACGCGUUCGGGCAUUUCAGAAGACUCCAGUGAUCUGUUGUCCCAACCACCUUCUAAACAGCCUCAUCGUGUUUCAUCAUCUUCAAGUCUUUCAACGUUCGGCAAGAAUGAUGUGAUAAAUGGUUCAGUUAUUAGGAAAAUGGGCGUUAAGUCGCCAGGUUUCAGUGCAAGCCAUGCUGGUUUUUCUUCCGUUCCCAGUCCGAAAACUGCAGUUUCUUCCUCCUUAUCAAAGAGCACCUUGCAAGAUCACUCUGAUGCUUGCUUAUUACCAAACCGCAUUAACCAAAGACUCAACUCCUUACGCCAAGACAGCACUGACUCGCGCCUGGCUUCAGAUACCAAAGGAUCCAGGGAAAAGUUGAAUAAAGUUAAAACCACAGAGCAGCUGAUAGAGGAUAUGCAAAAAAAGUCUGCAACAUCUGUGGGCACAAAAGUUAUAGCUCAGAUACGGACCAACCAGAUAGAGAAAGAACCAGACACUCUGAGAGUUUCUCUUCCACGUGGUGUAACUGGCAGGGGGCGUAACAAGAAAAACUUGGAGCUCCUAGAUGCAGAAACCAGAUCUGAAGGAGGCCGUCUGGCUCAGGCCAAAAGUGAGUACAUUGAAAGGUUUCUGCAGACCUCGGUUGCUCCUACUCCAGGAGAAGAUGCCUUUGAACAGAACUUGUCUCAUUUAUGCCAAGAUUCUUUGGAGGAGCAGCCCCUCAGCCUUGCUGGUUGUAGCUCCUCAUUUGUCCAAUCAGUUUAUAACAGCCGACAAGACAAGCCUGAUUCAGGACCUUCCGCCAGUCCACCGGAAACCAGGGACAUCUUAGAGGGUCCCGGUCAUUUGCCUUCCACCAGUGCAACUGCACUCGACGACAGUAGUUCCACAGCAUUGGAUCAUUUAACUGAGGAGCAGAUCCUGUCCCGCCUUCCGCCGAUAGACUUUGAUAAUAUUGAUUGGACUAGUCAUGACUACCCCUGUCCUCAGCCUGUCCAAGUUAAUGAUGCUCUCGUAGAUAGAUUGCACCACGGCAACUUGGAAGGCAUCAACGGCAACUACGACCGUGACGGCCAGUUCCGACGUUGGCAAGAGAUGCUUACAGUGGAUUCAGUCUCUAUCGAGCCUCUGUAUGUCCUGCCAUAUGUGGUCCUUGAUUGA